AUGGGCUCAGCGACAAGUGGAAGUCUGGUAGGUUGGGUCUGGGAUAGCCCUGGUCGCAGCACGAUCAGCUUAAUCACAACAUGCCUUGCCACGAUUCUCCUCUGUACAUGGGUCGUGAUACAUCCCCGAGUUUAUAAACGCCAGUCAUACGCCACGCUACACAAACUUGCCCUCUUCUUCAAGGCACUUCUCGCCCCAGAGUUCAUCGCGGUGGAGGGACUUCAGGAAUGGUCUCAAUGCCGACGAAUGGAAAGGGAAUGCGCAAUUUCCACAGGAGGAGAAUUGAAAUUUAUCCAUGCAUUCUACAUAAGCAUGCUCGCCUUGAGAUACCGAACCCCGCAAGGAGACCGCGUCAUCUGGCCAAAUCAGUAUACCUGGCUACUCAAUGAAGGGCUGAUCCGUUGGGAUGACCAUUCGAGCUGGGGCUUAUCUUUGGAAGAUAUCUGCGACAAGAGCAAAUCGGACAGUGCUGCAAAGCUGCUUGCUGUAAUACAAGUCACUUGGUUCUCUGUGCAGUGUAUAUUGCGCGUCUCUUAUUCCCUUCCACUAUCCCAGCUGGAGUCAAUGACACUUGGCUAUAUCCCGUUGUUUAUCGUCACAUAUUUCUUUUGGUGGAACAAGCCAAAAGAUAUACGAUCACCGUCUUUCGUGGAGCUUCCAGGUAUGAGCCAGGAACAGUUCGAGGUCUUCGAGUCGAUGGCCGUCAGCGACAAGUUCGAUAACGAAGGAUCAAAAGACCAAAUUUCAUACUGGAAUGUGUGUUAUCUCACUCCUCGCGUUUUCGAAAAAGAAGAGGAAGAAAGGGUGAGGCGAUUGGCCGAAUCAAACGUCGUUAAGAAAUUCGCGAGAAGCCGGGCGCAAAAUUGCCCCACUGCUGAACAACCAUACACGACCAUAAUCGACGAAAGAGAACUUCACGAAGUGGAAAGCCAAGUCACGAUUCCCAAGGAUGCUGUCAUCGCUCACUGGGAUCCAGAUUUAUAUAGAUCCAAAAUUUGGCCGUUGGCGUGCCUGUUCGGUAUCUCCUUUGGAGCCCUUCAUCUUGCCUGUUGGAACACGGUUUUUCCAACAACUGUCGAGCUAUGGCUUUGGCGCACUUCUGCAUUUCUUUCAAUUGUGUCGAUGCUCAUUUUCAUGCACUUCAAGAAAGUUGUUGUGCGAUGGGAUGGUAUUUUGACGAUUAUCAGCUUGGCAUCCCCAGCGAUCUAUUUAAUUACGCGCAUUGUGAUGAUUGGAGAGGUCUUUGCGGCACUGAGAGGAGAAGAAUCCGCUAUUUACGACACUUACGAAUAUUCUAUUUACGGUUUGCCCUUUUUGUGA